UUGGAAAUCACAACAUGUCUUGGCUACAGUAUUGAAAAAGGGCUAUCAUCCCAAGGAGGUGUUGCAUUUGUGACACUUGAGGAUAAAUUAAUUGAGCCUUGAACUAGAAGCCCCAGUUCUUGUAUCAGCGCUUUCAGCUGCAGCUACUCACUAGCCUCCACAAUCCAUUAACCAGGCUCUGAGCUACAGAAAGGGACUGAAACCUCCUACAUCAUGAGCCUCUCUGUAUUGAAACUCGACUCAAACCCUAUCUCAAUUCCCCAGAAGAGCUUCUAUGGAGCAAGGGCUGGAGGUGAGAGGUCUGUUAUGCAACUUCCCUCUGCUUCUAGGGCCUUUCAGCAGGUUGUAAUAUGUUCUGCCAAAGCUGUGACUCCUUCGUCUCCAUUGGGAGUGGCUGCGCAGACAGGAGAUGUGCCAGAACGAAUUGGAUCGCUGAGUCAGGUUUCGGGUGUUUUGGGUUCUCAAUGGGGUGAUGAAGGGAAAGGGAAGCUCGUUGAUAUCUUGGCUGGGCAUUUCAAUAUUGUCGCUCGCUGUCAGGGUGGAGCAAAUGCUGGACACACCAUCUACAAUUCUGAGGGUAAGAAAUUUGCCCUUCACCUGGUUCCCUCAGGAAUCCUCAAUGAGGAAACCCUUUGUAUCAUUGGGAAUGCAGUUGUGGUUCAUCUACCAGGAUUUUUCAAAGAAAUCGAGGGCCUUGAGUCUAAUGGUGUCUCUUGUAAGGGUAGGAUUUUGGUAUCAGAUCGUGCACACUUGUUAUUUGACCUCCACCAAGAGGUAGAUGGGCUUAGAGAACAUGAGCUUGGUAAUUCAUUUAUUGGGACAACCAAGAGAGGGAUUGGACCUUGUUACUCAAGCAAGAUGAUUCGGAAUGGUAUAAGGGUAAGCGAUCUGAAGCACAUGGAUACUUUCCCACAGAAGCUUGAUCUUUUAUUGUCAGACGCUGCUUCACAAUUCCAAGGUUUUGAUUAUGGCCCCAAUAUGCUCAGGGAAGAAGUGGACCGCUACAAGAGGUUUGCUGAGAGAUUGGAACCCUAUAUUGUUGAUACAGUUCAUUUUGUGAAUGAAUCCAUCUCACAGAAGAAGAAAAUACUGGUUGAAGGUGGUCAGGCAACCAUGUUGGAUAUUGACUUUGGAACAUACCCAUUUGUCACUUCCUCUAGCCCAUCAGCAGGUGGGAUAUGCACUGGGCUUGGCAUUGCACCAAGAGUCCUUGGUGAUCUUAUUGGAGUGGUAAAAGCCUACACUACAAGAGUUGGUUCGGGUCCUUUCCCAACUGAGAUCUUAGAUAUAGAUGGAGACCGCCUUAGGUUGAAAGGGAAAGAAUUUGGCACAACCACAAAUCGUCCUCGACGUUGUGGCUGGCUUGAUGUGGUUGCUUUGAAGUAUUGCUGUCAAAUUAAUGGUUUCUCCUCCCUCAAUCUCACCAAGCUUGAUGUACUUACAGACAUUAAAGAAAUUAAGUUGGGGAUUGGCUACAGAUUAGCUGAUGGUACACCAAUCAAGUCAUUCCCUUCAGAUCUAAAUGUUCUCGAGAAAAUAAUUGUUGAAUAUGAAGUUGUACCUGGGUGGCAAGAUGAUAUCUCCAAAGUUAGAGAAUAUGCUAACCUUCCACUUGCUGCCCGCCAAUAUGUGGAAAGGAUAGAAGAACUUGUUGGUGUGCCAAUUCAUUACAUUGGGGUUGGUCCUGGCCGUGAUGAUCUCAUAUUCAAGUGAUUCUUCAAUUUCCAUGCAGAUGACCAUGGACAUCUUGACAUUGGAAGUAGACCUAGGGCUUCAGAAGAGGAAGACCCAAGUAGUAGGAAGGUGUAGGGGGAGGGGUGUGGUGGAUAAGUUUAGGAUCCUUAGAAAAAAAAUGAUGAGGUGAAGUUUUUGUUAUGUGGAGGGGGUUUGGCCUUUCUAUUUGAAAACUCAUCUUGUUCCUUGCUGCCCCAAGAGAAUAGGUAGUAACAGAACCGAAACAAACAGAUUGAGGUUUUAUCAUGUGGGGAUAUUUGGAUUAAACAUCAGUCUCUUCAAUAAAUCCAAGAGGCUUAAUACAUGUAGAUUUUCAGUUCUAGGCCCAAGAGCGGAAAACAUGCCAUUAUCUUUCA